AGUGUGCAACAAAGAAGAAUGGAAAGUUGCUACCUCCUAGCCGACCCUCCACCUACGCACUGGUCGCGCAAGAAUUUCCCAAUCCUUGUCUGUAGCCCUCGACUGGAACAAGUCCAACGAUGCAUCCAGGACAACAACUCGAGUAGUAAUCUGUCAGCCCUCAAGGGAGUGGAAGUGUUGCUACUGAUUGCCAGCUUUAGUGGGUUGGCAGUGCUGGAACCCUGUUCGUGUUGUCGGGGAGAACCAUUCCGAUACUGUGGGAUGCAGUGCCGACACUUCCUUGUGGGUGAUUUUCCCCAACCACAACAACAAAACCCAAAGAAGAAAGAUUAUUCAACAACAUUGGACAUGAGCUUGUGCGCACUGGAUACAGAUGACUACAUCUAUUAUUCCGAGCAUGUCCCAUUGCACCGAGAUUGGCAUUCCGGUUGGAAGUGGGAAGAAACGAGCCAGAAAACAAUAAUUGAAAAAAGUUUGACUGAAAUUGGACGUUUACAUCAUAGUCGUGGAAGUAGUGAUGGUAUUGGAUAUCUCGCCUGUUCCUCCAAGGGAUUCUAUUCCUCUUGGUUAGACAUGGAGUGGAACGACAUGCAGAACAAUAACUGGCAAAUCACAUGCCGAAGAAGCCCCAAGAAAAGUGGCAUGGUUCAUUACUACCUCUAUUUUUCCAAGACUCUUUUGGGUUCUCCCAGCAAGAUCACAGCUAUGCAUACAUCCGGCUGGUCAGGCCCACAUCCGCAUGGCCGGAAAGUUCCGGAUGCCGAAAUACAAGCAUUUCGGGAUCUCGAAUUGAAAACUGUGUCUGUCAAGAGAGACACGCACAGGUUCCGGUUAUGCCCAUCGGCGUGUCUGCCAGUGGUGAAAGCUGUUUUGGCCCAGGGAUUAAAAAUAGGUGUUCAAGACAUUCCCUGAUGGAGUGCUUUGCUUUGUAUACCACUGGACAAAAUGGCUUGUUGCCCGUCUGUUAGGAUUGCCUAAAGUGAGACUGGGGCUCUUUCUGCACCCUUGGCUGGGGUUAGUUUUAUUUGACUAAACAGGCACACAUGGUGUAUCCCCACCAGAACACAUCUUACAACCAGAGCACCAGAGAUCUUGGAAUGAAUAAUAUUUAUGUUAUGCAUACCAGUACGCACAUGCACA